AUGGCGAGCCACGAGCACCAUCACCACAUGCGAGAGAGGCUAAAGUUCCUCAAGACGCCUGUUGCCGACAACAAUUCUAGCUCUCACACUGACCACAACAUCGAUAAGAGCGGCCCUGGGGAAGAAGGAGUUCCCAAGCUUAAGAGAUAUGAAGAGCCAACUCUUCUCGAAAUCUUUUAUGAUCUCUUCUUUGCCGCCAAUUAUACCGUAUUCUCCGAGAACAGAGAAGUCACCAAUCACAACAGCUUCAAAGCAUACAUUGGAUAUUUUUGCCUCCUGUGGCUCACCUGGUUUCUUGUGGCGUCUUACGAUGUGCGCUUUGUCACGGACAGUAUAUUCGAACGUACGGCGAGAGCCCUUCAGCUUGGCGUUCUCGUUGGCUUUGCCGUCGUUGCUCCGACCUUUGACCCAUCAAACCAAAAGUCGCAGACAAUGAGAACAAUGUCUCUCAUCCUCAUGUUUUCUCGUGCCGUCCUCGCAGUUGAGUACGCUAGCACCUUAUGGCAUGUGAGAAAAUACAAGAAAUGUCGAAUACCGCUUUAUGUAAGCAUCGGUGUCAACAUUGUUACCAUGCUCAUAUAUCUGGGCAUCACCUUCCGUUUUGAGGACAAUAAAAGCAGCCGAGUCUUCAUGACGUGGUACUUUAUCUCCGCGGCUGAGGCAAUCUUCACCUUGAUCACGUCCAGUGUUUGGCCAGUGUUGAGUUUUACAGAGUCUCAUCUUAUGAAGCGACUCACCUUGAUAACGGCCAUGAUACUCGGAGACGGCCUUGUCAACAUUGCAAAGGAGGUGGUAACCAUGGUUAAGGCACCACAAGCUUGGGACCCACUCACAAUCGGAUUGAUUACAGCCGGCGUUGCAACCAUCUACUUCGUCUUCUUGAUCUACUUUGACUGGCUACGCUCCUCAUUCCACCUUCCUCCCAUACGACAACUCAUCUGGACGGCGCUACAUCUACCCUUCCAUCUUUCCCUCGUCCUCUUCAUGCAAGCCUUCACCCAGUACAUUAUAUGGUCAAAAGUCAUGAACGUGAUAAACAAAUUGACCUCGAGCUAUUUUUCAGACGGAUCAGACGAUCCCUCAACCGUAGCCAAUUUCACCUCUGCCCAAAUUGCCAGCUACUUCAAGAACGAAACCAACUACUACUUCUCACUGUACCCUGCGAAAAUGCCACAAACCUUACAAACUGUCAACCUCGCCAUCCAAAAUAUCUCAUCUCUGCCGGAUAGCCUGUGGCCGCAGCUUGCCAAGCUCGCCCAGACAGAAGAUGAGACCACCGUUUCCGACAGCAAUCAAGACCCUGCCAUCACCUUUUUACUGUCCUAUAAUAGUAUUCUAACGUCCUUGAUAAACAACCUGUUCCAGGUGUUUGGCAUCGAUCUUGCCAAGGACAUCAUUCAGCCAACGCAGAAUAUUACGCAGAACACUGGUAACGUCAAUGCGGGAAUGCUUCAAAACAAGGUAACAACCAAGACGUGGCGACGCUAUCGACUCGUGUUUGCGUAUGGAUACAUCGCCGCAGGGUGCUGCCUCCUCCUCAUGGCCAUCAUGUCAGUGAUAUCCCGUACGACGCGGUGGAAACCAUGGCCAAUCAUACGUCUCAUCAUCCUCAUCAUUCUGGCCCUUGGAACGGGCCUCAUCUCCCUUCUCUGGUUCACCUCGCCAAAGGACGAAGACGAAGAAUUCCAAACAGGCUCAGAAGAUCUGUGCUGGCGAUACAUUUCCACUCCCUGGGUAUUACUUACCAUAUUCAUUGUUUAUACGACUGUUCUUGUCCUUACACAUAUUGGCGGUAAUGGAGAGAGCCUCAAGCGAGCCGGUACCUUUCUGUCGUUUAAGAAAAAGCAAUCUUAUGAACCAGUUGACCUUCCAAUGACACCUGGAAACAGCUGGGGCAGUGCGAGUCGUAAGGGCGACCAUGACAGCCGGCAGCAAGAUCAACAGGGUCGAUCGGAAUCGCCAUACGAGCUGCACCGACGCGGAGGCACUAGGACUGCACACAGCAGCUCCGAGAGACCAACCAGUUCAUAUGAUCCCCUUAAGGAGUCUACGGAGUACCGUGGUGCCACUCAUGUUUGA